UAAGCACAAACAAUGGGUCAGAAAAUAUCUGCUCCAUGACACAAGAGAUUUACCCAAAGAUCAGGAUUUGGGGUGUCUUUGAACUGUGUGCUUUUGGCUCUCUCUGUAUAUAAUAAGCUUGCUCACAUUCUCACCUUAGCCAGAAGUGCUCAUCUGUAAAAAUGGGGUUGGGAGUGCUCUUUGUUGGGUUCUUGCUUUCUUGUGUUGUUGUUUGUGUGAAGGGUGUGGAGCUUAAAGACUCACCCCCUUGUGCUUUUCCUGCAAUUUACAACUUUGGUGACUCCAACUCUGACACUGGAGGCAUAUCAGCUUCAUUUGUGCCAAUUCCUGCGCCAUAUGGUGAGGGCUUCUUUCAUAAACCUUCAGGAAGGGACAGUGAUGGCCGUCUCAUAGUAGAUUUCACAGCUGAGAAGCUAAAUUUGCCAUACUUAAGUGCUUAUCUGAAUUCACUUGGAACCGAUUACCGGCAUGGGGCAAAUUUUGCCACAGGAGGAUCCACUAUUAGGAGGCAGAAUGAAACCAUAUUCCAAUACGGGAUAAGUCCUUUCUCACUUGACAUACAGAUUGUGCAAUUUAACCAAUUCAAAGCACGCACCAAACAACUCUACCAAGAUGCCAAAACCCCACAUGAAAGAAGCAAGCUUCCUGUACCUGAGGAGUUCGCUAAGGCUCUAUACACAUUUGAUAUUGGUCAAAAUGACCUCUCUGUUGGGUUUAGAAAGAUGAACUUUGACCAAAUGCGUGAAUCCAUGCCAGAUAUUGUGAAUCAGUUAGCCUCUGCAGUCAAGAACAUAUACCAAGGAGGAGGGAGAACAUUCUGGAUACACAACACUGGCCCCAUUGGGUGCUUGCCAGUGCAACUAUUUUACAAGCAUAAUAUACCAGCUGGGUAUCUUGAUGAGUAUGGAUGUGUCAAGGAUCAAAAUGUGAUGGCUGUGCAAUUCAACAAGCAGCUUAAGGAUCGAGUCAUCAAACUGAGGACUGAGCUCCCAGAGGCUGCAAUUACUUAUGUGGAUGUGUAUGCAGCAAAGUACGGACUAAUCAGCAAUACCAAAAAUGAAGGAUUUGUGGAUCCAAUGAAGAUCUGUUGUGGGUACCAUGUGAAUGAAAAUGAUACUCAUAUAUGGUGUGGGAAUUUAGGGAGUGCAAAUGGAAAAGACGUGUUUGGUGCAUCUUGUGAAAAGCCUUCAAUGUAUGUAAGUUGGGAUGGUGUUCAUUAUGCUGAGGCUGCUAACCAUUGGGUUGCUGAUCGGAUACUCAAUGGCACUUUCACUGACCCACCAACUCCUAUCACCCAAGCAUGUUACCGGCAUUAAGCAUACUCAACCAUCCAUUUUCUGUUGGGACUUUCCUAAGGGAAGCCAUGUCAAAAUUUGCAAUAGGUUUGUCCUUGAAUGUGUUCCAAUACACAACAUUCAGGAGAUAGGCAAUUCCAAUUCUCCGGCUAAUUGAUGUUUUCAAUUAUCUGUUUGCAAUCAACAAUUUGAAAUUUGAUUAUGAAUUAUUGGCCGUAACACUCUGAAAGCAUUUGAUUUCUCUACUAGCAUGCAAUGCAUGCUCUGGAAAUUUUAUAUUAUGCAUUAAUCAAGUAAUAAAAUUACCUUUCU